UGGAUGUCCGUCGGGAACUAUACAUCGAUUCUGUCGCACUUGAUCUAAUGCUGCGAUUAGAUCAUCUACUACUCCGUCUAAGCGACGCCAGAAUGAGGAGCAAGAGAGCCCGAUUGUACCGCGCAUCCCGCAACGUAUGGCGCCUGCUCGGAAUCAGCGGCGAUGGAGUAUGGACCAAGCAAUGGAGAUUCUGCAAAAGAUGUAUGGCGCGGAUGCUCAGUAUCGAAGCAGUGGGCAGCAGAAGGCUAUGGAGUAUAUUUUGGAGGGUAGUGCUCAAGUCCUGGCGAUCCUACGGACCAGCGAGGGCAAGAGUCUUCUUUAUCUCCUUCCCUGUCAACUCCCUGAUGCUGGAACGACCAUGCUUAUUUUGCCCCUUGUGGUGCUAAAGGCUGAGAUGCAGCGCCGGUGCGAAGAGGCUGGUAUCCAGGCGCAUGUAUGGGAGGCGAAGUCGGACCCAAUGAAGUUGCAACACUCUCCACUUAUCAUAGUUGCGGUUGAGCCGGCCGUGAAGCCUACAUUCUCGAAUUUCUUAACACAGCUAGACAUUGCAAAUCGACUGGACCGGGUCGUGUUCGACGAAUGCCAUCUCGCUAUCACUGCUGUGUCAUAUCGGCCUGCAAUGGCACUCCUUCCGCAACUCCGGAAAUUGGCUGUUCAAAUGAUAUUUUUGACUGGCACAAUGCCACCGGUUAUGGUGUCCCGAUUCGAGGAAGUGAUGUUGUUACAUGGGACGCGGAUGGUUCGUAGCUCUACUAUGCGCCGCGAUAUAUCUUUCCACGUUGGCAACUGCGCUCCGAACCAUGACUUUGUCAGUGACUUUGCUGUCCCAGAUGCCAAGAUAUAAUCAGUGGUCUAGCUGCUGAUACCCAUGCCAUCAUUUACUGCAAGCUUAAGGAUCUGGCAGAGGAGGUUGUACAGGCUUUCAAUGCUCCGGUGUAUCACUCCAUUCCUGGCAGUAUCGAGGAGAAGGCCAAAAUGCUUCAGCAAUGGCGAGAUGGGAAACCGUCUUAUAUCGUCGCCACAUCUGCCUUUGAGUUGGGC